GCCAUGGCGGCAGCUCCGCCGCUCUCCAAGGCCGAGUAUCUGAAACGUUAUUUGUCCCGGACGGAUGCGGGCGUCGAUGGGGGUCCUGAGUCCGGUCGCAAGCGUCGCAAAAAGCGGCCGAAGGCUGGCGGGGCCGGCGGCAAGGGAAUGCGGAUUGUGGAUGAUGACGUGAGCUGGAAAGCUAUCUCCACCACUAAACCGGAAAAGGAGGAGGAGGAAAAUGAUGGAGAUUUGCCUGUUGUGGCUGAGUUUGUGGAUGAGCGGCCAGAAGAGGUAAAGCAGAUGGAGGCCUUUCGUUCCAGUGCCAAGUGGAAGCUUCUGGGAGGCCACAAUGAGGAUCUACCCUCACAUGGGCAUUUUCGUCAUGAUACCCCGGACUCAUCUCCUCCCAGAAGGGUCCGUCAUGAUACCCCGGACUCAUCUCCUCCCAGGAGGGUCCGUCAUGAUACCCCGGACUCAUCUCCUCCCAGGAGGGUCCGUCAUGAUACCCCGGACUCAUCUCCUCCUCCCAGGAGGGUCCGUCAUGAUACCCCGGACUCAUCUCCUCCCAGGAGGGUCCGUCAUGAUACCCCGGACUCAUCUCCUCCUCCCAGGAAGGUCCGUCAUGAUACUCCCGAUUCUUCUCCUCCCAGGAGGGUCCGUCAUGAUACCCCAGACAGUUUGUUCCCCAGGAGGGCCCGUCAUGAUUCUCCAGAUCCUUCUCCCCCCAGGAAGCCUCAUCGUAAUUCUUCAGGUAUAUCUCCUAGGAGAGUCCGUCGUGACUCACCAGAUCCAUCUCCUCCUAGGAGAGCACGUCAUUAUUCACCAGAUAUCUCUUCUUCCAGAAGGACCCGUAACAACUCCUCUGAUAUAUCUCAACCCAGGAGGACUCUUGACUCCCUGGACUCACAGCAACUCAGGAGGCCCUGUCAUGACCCCACCGCUUUGGCUCCUAAUGUCGCUCAUUCACUGCCUAGAACUAAAAGUGGUAAAUCCCCAGAAAGAGCUUCUAGGAAGACUUCUCAUUCCAAGGGACUAGGAACUUCUCAUUCAUCACUCCCAAAGAACAGCAAACAUGAGUAUGACUCGGACCUCUCUCCUCCACGAAAAAAGCAAGCAAAAUCCCAUUAUGGAGAUAAGAAGCAGCUUGUUUCUAAAGGUUCUUCUCCCAGCCAUAGGAAAUUUCAUAGAAGUUCUUCACCUAGGAGACAUCAGAGUCACACAUUGGACUCUUCUUCCUACCUAAGUGACUGCUGGAAAGGCUCUGAGUCAGGUCUUUUUUCUUCACGGCUUAAACAAAGUACAGGGCACCAGGAUUCUGAUUCAGAUCUUUCACCUCCACGGAAUAGACCUAAACACCAGAGCUCUGAUUCUGACCUCUCUCCACCAAGGAGGAAACAGAGGACCAAAUCUUCUGAUUCUGAUCUGUCUCCACCUCGAAGGAGUCAGCCUCCUAGAAAGAAGGCUACACACAUGUAUUCUGGAGCUAAAACUGGGUUGAUGUUAACUGACAUACAGCAAGAGCAGCAGGAGCUCAAGAAACGGGACCAAGAAACCAUGGCAUUUGAGGCUGAAUUCCAAUAUGCUGAAACCGUAUUUCGAGAUAAGUUUGGUCGUAAGAGGAAUUUGAAACUGGAACGUUUAGAGCAAAGGAGAAAAGCAGAGAAGGACUCUAAGAGAGCUGAGCUGUAUGCCCAGUGGGGAAAAGGGCUUGCUCAGAGCAGACAACAGCAACAAAAUGUGGAGGAUGCAAUGAAGGAGAUGCAGAAGCCUCUGGCCCGCUAUAUUGAUGAUGAAGACCUGGAUCGGAUGCUAAGAGAACAAGAAAGAGAGGGGGACCCCAUGGCAGACUUCAUCAAGAAGAAUAAGGCCAAGGAGAACAAGAAUAAGAAAGUGAGACCUCGCUAUAGUGGCCCUACACCUCCUCCGAACAGAUUCAAUAUCUGGCCUGGAUAUCGCUGGGAUGGAGUAGACAGAUCCAAUGGAUUUGAACAGAAGCGCUUUGCCAGGCUUGCCAGCAAGAAAGCAGUGGAGGAACUUGCCUACAAAUGGAGUGUUGAGGAUAUGUAACUUUUCUGAGGCUGUGGGUUGUAGUAGUGGGUAUAGGGCAGCCAGGCAUCCAGCUAUAACAGUUGUCUGUGCUAAUAAUCAGGGCCCACACAGACCAGCAAACUUGUGGAAUGCCAGUUUUGAGCACAGAAGAAUAUUUGAGAGUUGAUCCUUGGACUUAGGUACCCAUACUUCUCAGGUGUGCCAACACUGGCUGGUGCUGGCUUUCAGAGGAAAGUGUUGAUUUCUCAGUGUCUUAAGGUUUGUUCAUGGUUAGGGUUUUUCUUUUUUCUUUUUUUAAUAAAUAUACAUUUAUUUUUUUAAAAUCA